AUGAGAACGACCACAUUCAUUAUCGCCAGUAUCGUCACUUUCGGCAAAGCGGCACACGCGGACCAACGGAGGUGCGAUUCAAAGUUGGGAAGACUAGUCUCUUGGUAUACCAAGGCCGAAGGGCAUGUAGGAAUCUGGUUGGCCGUGAUCAACAAGGCUACCGUGACUGCGGCGCUGCUCAGCUUGGCACCUCUCAAAUGGACCUCUCUUACGAGUGUGAGGCAGUUGGCGAAAAGCGAAGCUUGGGAAGUGAAUGCCGAGCUCGAGUCCCCCAGUACUAGUCUGCUGUUACUCCCAUUGUCCUUGAUUAGGCCCGGUAACGUGGACGUGGAUGAGCCAUAUGACGACAAUCCUGCAGGAGAAGGAAGGAGUGACAGUGCGCUGGUACUCCCAGUAUGUGACCCAGCGUUUGACGAGUUCGGUGCCGUUGGCGCAGAUCUGGAUAAGGACAAGGACGGUCUUCGAGGUGGGGGCAAGCUUCCAACUCGGAUGUGUCUGCUUGCGGCUGCGCGGCGCCUGCGAUUGGAGCGCAACUCUUCGGCGCCAUUCCAGGACUCCCAGCAGCUGGCAACAUCGCAGUGCAACCUUUUAAAGAUAGACUUUGAAAACAAGGUGCCCAUCCCGUAG